GAUGGAGUUAUGAGACCCACCUGGCAGGGGAAGGCAGGUCGCAGUCCACUCCAGGCCCUGUAUCAGAGUGACCAGUUUGAGCAGUCAUCACUGCAGGCGGUUCACCAGCAGAGACGGGACAUGUUGAGCAAUGUCUGCAACCGUUACACCCGCAAGCGGCGUCUCCUGCAGCCGGAUGACUUACGGCACUUGGUGGUGGACGACACGCAUGGGCUGCUCUACUGCUAUGUGCCCAAAGUGGCCUGCACUAACUGGAAGCGGGUGAUGAUGGUCCUGACGGGGCAAGGCAAGUACCAGGACCCACUGGAAAUCCCUGCCCAUGAGGCCCAUGUCCCAUCCAACCUGCGCACCCUCUCCGAGUACAGCAUUCCCGAGAUCAACUACCGCCUGCGCAGCUACCUCAAGUUCAUCUUCGUGCGGGAGCCCUUUGAGCGCCUGGUCUCAGCCUACCGCAACAAGUUCACCCUCAGCUACAACACAGCCUUCCACAAGCGCUAUGGGACCAAGAUCAUCCGGCGGCACCGGCAGGAUCCCAGUGACGAGGCCCUGGAGCGUGGGGACGAUGUGCGCUUCGAGGAGUUCGUCUACUACCUGCUGGAUCCACGGACACAGCAGGAAGAGCCCUUCAAUGAGCACUGGGAGCGUGUGCACUCACUCUGCCACCCCUGCAUCAUCCACUAUGAUGUGGUGGGCAAGUAUGAGACCUUGGCCGAAGAUGCCGACUACAUCCUCCAGCUCAUUGGGGCCGACACGAGCGUCAAGUUCCCAGCUUCAUCCAAGACCACCAGGACAACGGAUGACAUGACGGCCCAGUUCUUUCAGGACAUUAGCCCCUUCUACCAAAGAAGACUCUUUAAUUUAUACAAAAUGGACUACUUGCUCUUCAAUUACUCCAUCCCCUCGUACCUCCGUAUCCGAUGA